GUGUUUCUUCAUUACCAGUUCUGCAGAAGUGAAAUGCUCCCUUUGUGUUGUGGGGAUUCAGGCGCUGGCUGAGAUGAACCGGUGGAGAGAAGUACUGUCUUGGGUCCUACAGUAUUACCAUGUUCCUGAACAUCUGCCCCCAAAAGUUCUGGAGUUGUGUAUCCUGUUAUACAGCAAAGUGAGAGAGCCCCAGGUGAUGCUGGAGGUUGGCAGUAGCUGGCUGAGAGACCAAACCAACAAGAGCCUCCCCGAGUACAGUUCAUUGCUGGAGCUCUAUCUGCUGCACGUGUUGCUUCCGCUUGGCCGGUUUGAGGGGGCAGAAGAGCUUGUACGUGGCUGUGAUGUUUUUGACAGCGAGCAGCAGCUAGCGUUUCUUGGGACCAUUUGUGAAAGCCGAUGUCAGUGGACUCAACGAGAAGAGAUGCACUCGGCUGCUGAGGAACAGCAAGACGCAGCAACAGAAACUGUUUUGGGUGCUCUGUCCCAAAAGCUCUGGACCAUGUUGACAUUGCUGCGUAGAGCACUGAGGUCCAUGUCCAGCCACUUCUAUUUACUUCCAUACAAAAAGAUGCUCUUGGCUACUUUCCUGCUGUACCUGGUGGUGGUGAGAUUAGACCCAGCUUCUCCCACCUCACUGCCGUUUAUUUACAAACUGGUCCAGCUCUUCUGA